CAGACAUGAUGGUGCUGAGAUUAAGCAGCUGGGCUCCUCUGGGACCUUUCCUCUCCCUGCUCUUUUCCACUAGCAUGGCGUAUGUUGCUACCAGAGAAAACUGCUGCAUUUUAGAUGAACGAUUUGGUAGCUACUGCCCAACGACCUGUGGCAUUGCAGAUUUCUUUAAUAAGUACCAUCUCACUGUGGAUGGUGAGCUGCAGGAAAUUGAGAGAAUGUUGCGGCAAAUUACUAACUCUACAGGAACAACCGAACAUGUGAUUCAGCACAUCCAAGGCCUCUAUCCUGCAGAGAAGCAGACACUACCAAAUUCAAUUGAUGAUUUUACUAAAAAGUCCAAGAAAAUAAUUGAAGAGAUUAUCAGAUAUGAAAACACUAUUUUGUCUCAUGAAAGUACUAUACAACAGUUGACAGAUACACAUAUACUGAACAGCAACAAGAUUGCACAGCUGAAAGAGAAGAUUUCCCAUCUUGAGACACUGUGUCAAGAGCCUUGCAGAGACACGGCUGAAAUCCAGGAGACAACUGGAAGAGAUUGUCAAGACAUUGCAAACAAAGGUGCCAGGAAAAGUGGUCUUUACUUUAUCAAGCCUCAAAAAGCCAAGCAGUCAUUCCUUGUCUACUGUGAGAUUGACUCAUAUGGCAACGGCUGGACGGUGUUACAGAGGAGACUGGAUGGGAGUGAAGACUUCAAGAAAAACUGGGUUCAGUACAAGGAAGGAUUUGGUCAUCUGUCUCCAGAUGACACCACAGAAUUCUGGCUGGGCAAUGAAAAGAUUCAUUUAAUAACUACACAGUCCGCUCUACCAUACACGUUACGAGUAGAACUGGAGGACUGGAAUGGCAAAAAAAGCACUGCUGACUAUGCUGUAUUCAAAGUGGGAAGUGAAGAUGACAAGUACCGACUGACUUAUGCCUACUUUAUCGGUGGUGAAGCUGGGGAUGCCUUUGAUGGCUUUCAUUUUGGAGAUGACCCAAGUGACAAAUCCUUUACCUUUCAUAAUGGCAUGCGGUUCAGUACCUAUGAUAACGACAAUGAUAACUAUGCUGGCAACUGUGCUGAGCAAGAUGGAUCUGGAUGGUGGAUGAACAGAUGUCACGCUGCCCACCUCAAUGGCAAAUAUUAUAUAGGUGGUGUGUACACAUCAAAUGAUGCUGGUCCUUCUGGAUAUGACAAUGGCAUUAUCUGGGCAACCUGGCGUGACCGCUGGUACUCUAUGAAGAAAACUGCAAUGAAAAUCAUUCCAUUCAACAGACUAUCAGUAGAUGGACAGCAGCACAACUUAGGCAGUGCCAAACAGGUUGGAGACUCGUAAGGGGACAAUUUCACAAAGACUGGUCUGACAAAUAUUUUGUCUUAGUCACCAAACUAACAUAAUACUACACAGUUCAGCUUUGACGAUAAAACACUGUUGACUGUAGAAUGCCCAGGCCUGUUCCCUGAGCAGUGCUUACCUCCCUACAUGGUUGUUAUUUUUUUGGUGUACAAAUUCUCAAUAAAAUUUUGAUUAUUACAAAACAA